AGCCUUUCAGGAAUAUAAAAACAUGUUUUGUUCUAUUUGAGCUCAUUUCAAAUAUGAAAACAGAGGAAGAAGUAUACGACGUGCCAUAUUCAUUAAGGGGGUCCCCGAAUUACAGUUCCGCUCCUAUUGAGCUACUCAAUAGAACCCCCUCAGCCCCCUUUGCCCCAAACGCCCCCAAGGAAAAGGAAGACAUGAAGCGGUCGGUCUGCAUUGUCGUCGUUGUCAUUUUUGUCGCCUUAGCCUUAAUCGGCGUCAACCUGCUUCACUACUUCCUCUUCACUGCUAAAAGUAUACAGGACGGGAAUGAGUUGGCGCAAAAGCUGAAGAAUAUUAACCAAACGUUGAACGAAUUGGAAGAACAAUUUCAGCAGCAGAUAUUAAAACACCCGGCCGAUUGCAAACUCAGCAAUUCGGCAAAACUGGUGACGUUGGUGAACGGCAAGAAGUACUCGUUCAAUGACACCCAAGUUGCGUGGUCUGUGGCUAAAGAGACCUGCAACAGGCAAGGUCUGCACUUGGCCUCUCUGAAAGAUUCAAACGACUUCAGGGUGGUGACGGACGAGGCCCAGAAAAUUGUAGGAAGCAAAACCGCUUGGUGGGUGUCGGCACGAAAUUCCGAGGGCGAAAGUCAAAAGAACUUCCGUUGGCACGAUGGAUUGAAACUGGAAUUAAACAGCCCGUUGUGGUCGAACAAAGCGAACAAGACGCAGGAUUGCGUUUAUAUUACUUGGUAUGAAGACAAGAAACUGAGCACGAAUCCGUGCGAUUACAAUUACAAUUUUGUCUGCGAACAACCUAUUGAAUGCAACGCUUUGUUAUCUUUUAUUAACUUGAAAUAAAAAUGGAA